UUGCGCCCGAAAUUGCCGAAGCGAACGCAACCCCUGCGCCACUCGACAUACACGCUUCCAAACGGAUUGUAAUCUUCUCAACAUCGCGGUACUACCCCGUCUUCGCGCGCGUUUGUCAUCCCUUUCUUACAGAUAGUAGUUGGUGCAACGAGUGUGGUAAUUUGUGCAUCUUGAAUUGAUAAGCAUGACUUGUGUGCUCUAAGGAGAAAAAUCGAGGAGAGACGAGGAAGAUGCCGCGAGCGUUCCUGAUCACGCAUCGCAGGUACAACGGUGUUGAAGAGGAGAUCGCAGGAUCUGAAAGAGAUUUCAGUCCCGAGAGAAGCGUGAGGCUGGCCGAUUACAGCAGCGGUCAACCAACUUCCGAUGGCGCCAGCGAGUGCGGCAGCGAAACGUCGUCCGAGUGUCCCGAGGAGCUGUACAAUCUGACGAAGCUGGCGGAGGUGAGCCUUGCAGCGGCGGCGGGCACCCUAAUUCAUCACAACAAUGUCAUCUAUCAGCGACCGGCGUCGCCCAGGAUCGCGCAAUAUCCUGGGGAAGCGAGCAGGACUUCGCUUGGGUCUCGACCGAGUGCCGUUCAAGUGAUGGGAAACCAGGAUCAAGUCCUAGGCGAACGAACGAGGCUCUUUUUUGAGCGGAUCGAGACCGAGAGGGAGAUCCUGGAGACACGUUCCGAGGAGAACGCCGCGCUGGAGAUUCGCCUCUCGCCGCGGCGAGAUCCUUCCAGCUCCUCGCAGGAGGAAUCCUGUCACCUGUCCUCGAAGGCACCAGUUGUCCCCGGUGUCGGCGUCGAUUCGAUGUCGCUCCCUUCGACCGCGUCGAUCCAAGGUCGCAGAACGGCCGUCGUGGAGGCCAGACCGGAGGACAACGAGGACCACGAGUGUCCCGACUGCGGCAAGAAGUACUCGACCUCCUCAAAUCUGGCCAGGCACCGUCAAACGCACAGGUCGCUGGGUGAUAAGAAGGCCAGGAGAUGCCCGCACUGCGACAAGGUCUACGUCAGCAUGCCGGCGUUCAGUAUGCACGUGAGGACCCACAAUCAGGGCUGCAAGUGCCACUAUUGCGGCAAGUGUUUCUCCAGGCCGUGGCUGCUCCAGGGGCACAUACGCACACACACAGGCGAGAAACCUUUCAAGUGCACCAUUUGCAACAAAGCCUUUGCCGACAAGUCGAACUUACGGGCCCACAUACAGACGCACUCGAACACUAAACCCCACGUGUGCGGUCGUUGCGGCAAAGCCUUCGCCCUGAAAUCGUAUCUCUACAAGCACGAGGAGUCGUCUUGCAUGCGUGCCCACCACCGAUCAUCCACGUUGUCAGACAAAUCCGAGCAGAUCGAGCAGCAAAGGACGUCACCGCUUGUGAAACCGGCGAGUGCACCGCUAUCGUCGUCCUUGAACAAAACGCAGACGACGUCGUGCGUCACGGCGUCGCCCACCAGCGUCAUCGUUCCUCGACCGGGACACGAGGGGCGUGAUCAGAAAGACUCGCCGUUCUCCGCGAUCAUCAGGCACACCAGAACGUCGGACGCGUCCGUGACGGCACCGUCGAAACGACCCUGCAGAGAGAAGACGUCCCCGGAUAAUCCAGAAGGGCAGAGCUCCGGUGAUUUGGUGACCAAGGAUCCCGAAUACGUGUCCAGAAUGGUCAUCAGAACGUCAGUCAUAUCACCCAAUCCGGAGCACGUGCACCUCCGUUUCGAAAAUGAUGUCAAGAGUUCCUCAACUACGUUCGAUUAUCCCGACCCGACGAGAUCCUCGUCCUUCUCCACGAUGACUUUGAAUCUGGCCAUCGCUUAAAAAUCGAUCGAUACUUAGCGAUCAAAUCGAGUUGAUCUAUCAAUAAAAAGAAUUUAGAUUUGUACCUUAAGGGGAUGCUAAAGCUGUCCUGUUUAUCGAUUAUUUUGCUUAUUU